AUGCGCUGGAUGGCGGUGGGGGUGAUGGCCCUGCUGUGCAGCGGGGCCGCGUGUGCCCAAUUCUUCCAGCACCUAUUCCAUCAGGAUGGGUUUGGCAGUUUCUUUGAACAGGACGAAGAACCUGAGGCGCACAAUGUGGGAGAUGCGACAUGGUAUCAGGAUCGUGUGCAACAUGCUGAGUGCAGCGCCUAUUUGUGCAGCGAUACACUCGCGUGCGUAGAGACGCCCAAUGCAUGCCCGUGUCCGUAUAGGGAGCAGCAACGGUGUGCUGUGGGAGACACGCACGUGUGCAUUCAGGGCCAGGACUGUGGCCGCAUUUCAUCGAUGUAUCAAUUACAGUAA